GAGCCGUCAAUAAAUAACUACAAGAUAGUAUUACUAGUAUUAUAUAAAUAAAUUCUCCAUCUAUAUUUUCUCAAAAACAAAUCCAAAUCACCUAUUUCUAUCCUCCAACUUCCAACCCUUUCUUCUUCUCUUUCCGCCACCCAAAUGAGUUACUACAACCAACAACAACCGCCCGUCGGCGUUCCUCCGCCGCAAGGUUAUCCGCAGCAAGAGUCUUAUGGAAAAGACGCUUACCCUCCGCCGGGGUAUCCGCCGCAAGGCUACCCUCCACAGCAGGGCUAUCCACCGCAAGGCUAUCCACAGCAAGGCUAUCCACCGCAAUAUGCUCCUCAGUAUGCUCAGCCUCCGCCUCAACAACAGCAAAAUUCAUCCGGUGCUGGUUGCUUGGAAGGCUGCUUGGCUGCUCUCUGCUGCUGCUGUCUUUUGGAUGCGUGCUUUUGAGGGGAGAUAUUACUUUGCACAAAUUGGGUUGAUUACAAAUGUAUUUUGACUUUGAGUACAUGAUGAUUAUUGUUCUUGUAGUUUCUUUUACUUUUCCUUGUUUAUUGUUUGUUUUUAUGAAUAUCAAGUUAUGAACUACUGCUUCUAAAUAUCAUACUGCCUUAUUAAAGGAUUGCUCUGUUUAUAA